CUCUAGACGCUGAAUGAGCGUCUGAGGCUCACGGACAUCAAGAGAAAAGCAUUUAAAUCACAGAAUCGGCGAAAUUAUCCUAUUGUGUCAGAAAGCCCGUGUCUGCUGCUAGGCCAGUCGAGACUCUUACUGGUGUCAACCUGUCGUCAGUUCUCGGUAUUCGGAAUCUCACGGUCUCACUUCGAUUUCGACCUUGAGCCGUUGCUGGUCGACGAUAUCAAUCAUCUAAAACGCCCACUGAGACACUCUCUUGGAGGCCCAUCAAUAACACCUUUCCCCGGUUCUUUUCCCGAUCUUGUUGUCCAGUAUGUGGGCCUAUAUUGAGAUGAACAUUACCCACAAUCGCUUUUUUGCAGAUGUUAUCAAUUUUACCUUCAGUAACAGUAGCUAUUACGAUAUCUUCCUCUUACCGUUGCUUAUCCUAGGUUCCCUGUACGUCUUCAACAAAGGAAGUCUUCUGCCGAAAAGGGACCCCUUUCACUACAAGUGGUUCGAGAAACCACAACUACACCGAACACAAAGUCUCGUUGUUGAGAAGAAGACGCGCAACAUUGCGGAAAAGCUCGCAGAGCUCCAAUCUGACUUGGUCAUAUUCUGGGGCUCUCAAUCAGGCACCGCAGAGGCCUUCGCUCACCGCCUUGCUCGGGACUUUCACCAACGGUUCAAGCUCAAUGCUCUAGUAGCCGACCUGUCCGACUAUGAUCCAGAGACCGUGCCUCUUAUCCCGGCGACGAAGUUGGCUGUGUUCAUCAUGUCUACCUACGGCGAGGGUGGCCCCAGCGAUAAUGCCCAAAACUUUGUCAACUGGGCAGAUGCAGCAACCUUUGUCUCCCUCGCCCACCUCAAAUAUGCCGCUUUUGGCUGCGGAAACAGCAACUACCGCUUCUACAAUAAAGUCAUUGAUGAUGUCGUCGUUGCCUUGACCAAGUUUCGUGCCAUCGCUGUUUUGCCUACCGGCAAGGGCAACGAGGCUACCCGAACAAGCGAAGAAGACUUCAUGGACUGGAAAGAGAUUCUGUUUAAAACUUUGGUCUCCGAGUUCGACUACAAGAAGCAUGAAGUUGCAUACCAGCCCAGUGUUGACAUUGUUCCGACGGAUAGCAACGACUUGCAUGUAGGAGAACCGUUCUGCAGACUUCACUCCAAGAAAGCAACCACCCUCCAAUCACCCAUUGCUUUCGUUCCAGUCAAGGCAAUACGAGAGCUUGCAACGUACGAGGUACAAGAUCGCAGCUGUAUUCAGCUAGAAUUAGAUCUCUUUGCACACCCAGAGAUCAAGUAUAAGACUGGAGACCACAUUGCCAUCUGGCCUGUCAAUCCAGAUGAGGAAAUAGACCUUCUUACUCGCAUUCUCGGACUUCAAUCUCAGCAACUGGAUGGUUUUCACGUUGUAGCCCAGUCGGCAGACGACGAGCCAAAGGUUCCCAGCCCGACAACGGUGCAGGCCUUGUUCCGGCAUUAUCUAGAGAUAUGCUCCGCAGUCCCCCGCGAGACAGUUUGCACAUUAGCUCAGUUCGCACCAAGUCAAAAGGUUAAGACGGAGUUGAUUACAAUCGGAAAUGACAGGGAGGCUUAUUCCAAGUUUCUCAGGGGAAACCACAUGACACUAGCCCGACUCCUGAAGCACACCAUCGCUGUCGACCCGGCGGCGACAUGGGCCAAUCUACCGCUCUCUUUCGUCAUCGACUUUUUGCCUGCUAUGCAGCCACGUCUCUAUUCCAUUUCCACUUCACGCAUUACAUCGCCUCGGAGUGUGGGUCUAACUGUGUCCGUCAAGCCAUCGCCACUACUUGAGAAUCAAGAUAUCCAAAUUCCUGGACUUACGAGCACCCACCUAUCAAAACUCCAACCUGGACAGGUUUCUUCGGCAGGAACGUCAACUAUCGACUUAUCCUUUGUUCAUGCCCGGAUUCGCGAGUCGACGUUCAAGCUCCCAUUUCUCUCAUCAGUGCCUCUGAUCAUGGUGGCAGCCGGCACUGGGGUCGCCCCAUUCCGCGCUUUCAUCGAAGAGCGUACUAGACUUGCUUCUGUAGGCAAGGAAGUGGGGCGAAUGAUUCUGUUCUUUGGAUGCCAAACCAACAGCGACUAUCUAUACCGUCACGAGUUUGCCGAGUGGAUGGCUGGACCCCUCGCUGGUAGGCUUGAGGUCGUGACAGCUUUCUCAAGGGCGGACAGUGAGAAGCGCUAUGUCCAAGACAAAGUCCAAGCCAGAGGCGAUGAUGUUGGGAGACUGUUGCUGGAAGACGAUGCCGCUUUCUACAUCUGCGGUGCGGCGAACAUGGCGAAAGAUGUUUGCAGUGCUGUCGAGAGUAUUGUGAAACAGGCGAAUAGCUGGGAAGGUCCCCAGGCGGAAAGCUGGAGACAGGAGAGGAAGCGGUCAAAGAGGUGGUUCGAGGAUGUUUGGAGUUAGGAACGAGAACAGAUUCCUAAACGAUCCCCUUGGCCUGGUUUUGAUG